AUGUCGGCCAGGAUCCGCGUGCGUGCGAGGUUGUCGGGUGCGGCAGGGGGUGACGUGAAGGACGACAUCUUGAACGUGAAGGGGGCGAAGAUGCCCUUCGUCGGGGCGGUUCGCAUCGUGUGCGAGAGGAAGGGCGUGGAGCACGACAUCAUUGAGCACGCGAUGGCGUGGGUGGGCUGCCGGAACUCGUACUCGGCGGUGCCGCUGGGCGAGGGGCUGUUCGUCGUGUCGGGUGACCUGGCGGAGGCGGAGGUCAGGGACCUGCAGCUGAUGGCGGUGGCACCCGGCCCUUCCCCGGAGCAGCUGGCGAUGAUGGGCGCCCCGCCGAACUCCAAGGACAUCCACGUAGGGACGGGGAGGGUGCCGCUGCGUGGCCUGCUGGAAGUGUCCUGCGGGGACGCCGGGAGCGUCGAAGAGGAUAAGCCCAGGAGCGCGCUGAUGAGCAUCGGGUACGACCCCGUCCAGCCCGAUGUGGAGCUGAAGGUGAAGGCGGUGCCGCUGCCAGAGGGGAUGCGGGGGAGGUUCCGGGAGAUGAACCGGGCGGCGCUGCGGGCCUUCGGUGCGAUGGAGGACACGCUCAUCCCCAUGGGCCAGGACCGCAUCCACCGCUACAACAUGCGGCAGAACCUGAUCUCGCAGCGCUUCUACGCGGAGCUGCUGCAGCGCGGGAUCAAGCGGCAUCCGGAGGGGGUGAUGACUGGGUCCUUUCGUGAGCCAGCAUUCGGAAACACGCUG